GUCCCGGGCGCAGCGGAAGGCUGCGGCGCGCCGCUGAAUUAACUGAUGAGAACGAGUUCUUUUCUUCUCUGGGAGGGGUGCGGAGUGGGGGUCCUGGCGGACAAGGCGGAGAAGCCCGGGGCGGGCUAGCGGUCCCGGACCGCCGUGGAAAUUUCCAAGGACUUGGCGCGGCGCGGGGAGCGCGUCUUGGGGGGGUGGGGGGUGCCUGGCGGCGCAGCAGCGCGGAAGGCGGGGAGAGACGGCGAAGGGCGCAGGAGCAUCGUUGAGGAAGGCACGCCGCGGGCCAAAUGUCUGAGAGGGAGCCGAACCUUCUCCCGGACCCUUGCCGAGGGCGACGGUGAUGCUGCAGAACCCGCGGGAGCGACUCAGCGCCGCUGCUCGCCGCGCUCUAGGAGACCUCGGCGCCCGCCUUCUGCAGGGGAAGCGACCGCGGCUGUAGCUCGUGACUUGCUCCCAGGUCACUUCCCCCAAGAAAGAAAUCCUUGAAAAAGUUGCAUUGGAAAAAAAAUCUUUGCGCUGACCUUUGGGGCCGUGGGCGCCGAGGGAGCGUGCGUGCUAGUGCCAGCAAGAAAGCGAAAGGUGUGUGCAUGGGGGGCCGGCGGUGGGGGGACCCUCCGCUGCCCCUGCGCCUAGCGUUGUGCUGAGGCUCCCCUUCUCGCCCGCCGGGACCCCGGGGCUGAGAUGAGCCCCUGCGGGCGGGCCCGGCGACACACGUCCCGAGGGGCCAUGGCCGUCCUGGCGUGGAAGUUCCCGCGGACCCGGCUGCCUGUGGGAGCCAGUGCCCUCUGCGUCGUGGUCCUCUGUUGGCUCUACAUCUUUCCCGUCUACCGGCUGCCUAACGAGAAGGAGAUCGUGCAGGGGGUGCUGCAACAGGGCACGGCGUGGAGGAGGAAUGAGACGGCGGCCAGAGUCUUCAGGAAACAGAUGGAAGACUGCUGCGACCCCGCCCAUCUCUUUGCUAUGACUAAAAUGAAUUCCCCCAUGGGGAAGAGCAUGUGGUACGAUGGGGAGUUUUUAUACUCAUUCACCAUUGACAAUUCAACUUAUUCCCUCUUUCCCCAGGCAACCCCAUUCCAGCUGCCCUUGAAGAAAUGCGCGGUGGUGGGAAAUGGUGGGAUUCUGAAGAAGAGUGGCUGUGGCCGUCAAAUAGAUGAAGCAAAUUUUGUCAUGCGAUGCAAUCUGCCUCCUUUGUCAAGUGAAUAUACUAAGGAUGUUGGAUCCAAAAGUCAUUUGGUGACGGCUAACCCCAGCAUAAUUCGGCAAAGAAACAUUGUCCUGGGAGCAGUGGAGGUGAGCCUGGCAAUAAGAACCCAACUCCUAAUGUUUCAGAACCUGCUGUGGUCCAGAAAGACGUUUGUGGACAACAUGAAAAUCUAUAACCACAGUUACAUCUACAUGCCUGCCUUUUCUAUGAAGACGGGGACAGAGCCAUCCCUCCGAGUUUAUUAUACACUGUCAGAUGUUGGUGCCAAUCAAACAGUGCUCUUUGCCAACCCCAACUUUCUGCGUAGCAUUGGGAAGUUCUGGAAGAGUAGGGGAAUUCAUGCCAAGCGCCUGUCCACAGGACUCUUUCUGGUGAGCGCAGCCCUGGGCCUCUGUGAAGAGGUGGCCAUCUAUGGCUUCUGGCCUUUCUCUGUGAAUAUGCAUGAACAGCCUAUAAGCCACCACUACUAUGAUAAUGUCUUGCCCUUUUCUGGCUUCCAUGCUAUGCCGGAGGAAUUUCUCCAACUCUGGUAUCUUCAUAAAAUUGGUGCACUGAGAAUGCAGUUAGACCCGUGCAAGGACAGCUCACUCUAGUCCACUUCCUAGAGACCAUGGAAAAAGAAAGGACUGAGCCAGGGUAUUUUUGUUAGGUUUUCUACAUGACUCCAAAAGGAAAUGGCCAGGUCGUUUCAUGGAUUUGCAUGGGCCCCUUGGAAAAAAAACAACUACAACAACCCAAGGGAAACUCUACUUUUACUAUUGGCUUGGAGGACAAAAACCAAAGUGAAACGUCCUAGGAAGUAUCUUACAGCACAUGGUGGAUUUGCAACUAGUAACAUGCCGAUGAAAUGAUGUUGGUAAAGCACAUUUAUAUGGUUCGAAUCAAGAAGGUGCCGUUCACAAACAAGACAAAACUUUACUUGUUGAAGGAAUUAAUCAAGGUAGCAUAAAUGAAAUGCCAGGGUGAAAGUGUUAGUGAUUAUCAACACAGACUGACUUAAUAAUAAUAAUAAAAAAAAACUAUCUUAUUAAGACUAACAUUAGAACUAUAGGUUUUUAAAAAAAUUAUUAUUUAUUUUUGCCCUAUUUAAGGGCAGUGAGUAGGUAAUGGGGUAGAUUUUAAAAAUCCCUUACUGAGUAAUAUGGAUACAAACCACUAUGGCCAAUUAUUGUGAUUUGUUGAACCAAGUCUCUGUUAACUAUAGUUCCUUUCCCUUCCGUUUAAAAAAUGUUAAAUAAAAAUUACUUCGUCUCCUUUUGUCAAGUCUACUUAGACAAUGUGAAGCAUUGUUGAAUUCAGCCUCUAUUGAUUCAUAAUCAGGAUGAUCCACUUUCCGUCCUCAGAAUUUAGGGCAUAAACUCCAUUUUAGGUCGACAUAUGUAACCCUGUUUGCAUUAUUAGUAUUAUUUUAGUGCAAAACAAAGCAAAACAAAACAAAUCCUACAAAUGUCAGUGUGUUAUUUAUUCCUAAAUUUGCAUAAUUGUCUUCAUAAACUAAUGUUGGGAGAUGAAGUAAAGCACAAUGGGAUAAAGCUUAGUCUCUGGAAGACAGAUUGGAAGGCAUAUCCUUUUUCUAUCUACCAGGGUAGGUUCCCUCCAAUAUAGAGCAUAUGCUGGCACACACAAAAGGAGGCAUAUAUUCACGUACACUCACAUAUACUUGCACACAUGCACAACAAAGCUCAACAAAGCUCAUUCCCAUGCAACUAUGAAAGCUGAACUCACAUCACCUGGAGUGGCAAAAAUCUGUAAGCAGUGUUGGAGAGCUCUAAAUUCAUUAUGUACUACUACUAUACCUUGAUGUGAGACAAGCCAGCUUACUGGUUGCUGCUCAUAAGGCUCAAAAUAGCAUGAGAUGCAAGCCUGGCCCCCAGAUCACCCUGAAUGAGCAGAAUUGUUUUACUCCUUCUGACUCUCUCCAACAUCUCAUGAGUGGAUCCUGUGUUGAGUAUGGUUGUGGUUGAGUAGGGUUUGGCAAGGCAUGGUUCACAUCCAUGAAGGGAUGUGAAUUAGUAGCUGUUUAUUCCCUUAGUAGCAAGUAGUACUGCUCAGAAAGCUUGUUACCAAAGCUCUGAUACCUGCAAACAAACUCAACUGGAUUACAAGCAGCCAUAUGGGUUUAAAUGUAAGAGGAAGGUAAAGGAAACCUCACGUGCUUUUUGGGCUUUGUGAUGCCUUAAUCCAAAAGGAGACAGUAGAAAUCACUAACUUUACUCUUUUAAGUGUCACAAAAUAUAGGUAAACUGUACCCAAAAGUUCUGCUCCAUUUUUAAUGGUAGAGAUUCAGUAUACAUUAUAGACUAAAACAGGUGGCAGUUUUGAGUGGGUUAAUUUAAAAGAUAUCAAGAUAACAAUGCCCUUGGAAAAAUUCUACACCACUGGAAGUUCCCAAGCCAGGGGUCAAGCCACAGCCCCUGUAGUAGCAACACUGAGUAGUUAUGUUGUGAGCCACAUGGGAAGUCCAACUGAUGCUACAUUGUUGGAAUGAGUAAUUUCUAAAUAAGAUCGAAUAUUGAGGUUAUUAUAGAGAUCAACAGUUAAAAUAUGACUGGUUGACGUAACACAGAUUAUAUUGAUACCUAGAAAGUUGAGUUCUCCUGUGGCACAGGGGGUUAAGGAUCCAGCAUUAUCACUGCAGUGGUUUGGGUCACUGCUCUGGUAUGGGUUUGAUCCCUGGCCCAGGAAUUUCCACAUGCCAUUGUUGUGGCAAAAAAAAAAGUUAAGAAUGUAAGAGUUUUGAUUAUAUUGCUCUUUUGAUCCUAUUUGGCAGAAAAAAAAAAUAUGAGAACGUAUUAUGAGUGAGUUGCAUUAAAUAUUCACUACAUGUGCAACCCUGAAUAUAUUUUCUCCUUUGAGCUAUUAUUAUUUAGUAAUUACCUUAAAAAAGAAUUUAUUUUUACCUCUACGUUUCAUCAAAAUGUAAAAGGGCUAAUGAAAAACACAUAAAAGUUCAUAAAAUACAUAUCGAAUUAGCCCUUUGAUAAAAUGUAAUUAACAAGCUCCAUAAAGCCCAAGCAUCCCAGUGUCAUUGAAGAUCCCUUCUGGAAUUUUGGUAUCUUGUGAUUCCUGAGAUAGAUUCAUGCACUAGAUUUGUACAAUGGUUGGUCUAUAAAUUUGGAGCUUCUGAAAGGCAAAAACAGAAAUGGCCCAAACUGAUAAUGUGUAAUUAGAUCAGGGCUUCUUAACUGAGGUGAUUUCCAUCCCCCCACCCCCACUCCUGACAAUCCGGUGACACUUGGCAAUGUCUGGAGACAUUUUUAACUGUCUGGUUUGGAGGGUGCUACCACACAUCUAGUGGCCAGAACCCAGGGAUCCUGCUAAACACCCCACAAAGCACAGGUCAGCCCCUCACUACAAAGAAUUACCCACUCAAAAAUGCCAAUAGGGCCCAGGCUGAGAAAUUCUGGAUUAGACCAAAAGGACAUUUUGAUUGUUCCAUAUUGUCUUCAUUUAAGGGUACAUGUACAUGCUCAAGUCAUUUAAAGGAGGACUACAAGUUAAUGAGAGUGUUUUCUUGAAGUAGAUUCUAGUUUGGCAUUAUUUUAAAGUGACAAUUCAUAGGUAUGCCAUACGUCUUCCCUUUUCUGUGGUUAGAUAGAUGUACCUAAACCCACGAGUGUGAGUGUCUGUGCUUGUGUGUGUACAUGCGUGAGUGUAGCAUAAAGUUAUUUGUAUCCAUCCUUAUUGAAAUAUCUGUAUUUCUAAGUGAAGACCUUCCUAGAUUUAUCUUGCAGAGUACCCUGGCAUACUCUAUUACUAGUAAGAAGUUGAGUUCUAAACUCCAUUAUUUUAUUUUGCUUAUUUGAAAGUGAGACUGUCAGAAUUGAGCCUCAUUCUUUGCCAUAUUUGGUUGAUGACAUUUUAUUAUUUCUGACCUUAAGAUUCAGCUCAGAAAAGAUGCAGGUUAUGGUAGACACAUUCAAUAAGGAAAUAUUUCAUCAUUUUUGAGGCAUCUGCCAAGAGAAGUUGUCACCCUCUAAAUAAAAUCAGUCUAAUUUUUAAAUUUCUUUUUAGUGGCAAAAAAUAGGUUGCUUCAGGGGAAUCAAAGAGGAGGCGAAGAGACUGAAAAUGAAUGCUCAAUGUGAAUUUUAAUUGUUAGUAACUUCAAUUAAGAAUUGCAUGGAUGCCAAGGAUCAUGAGUAAGGAUGACUUCUGUUUGAUUUUAAUUAGACUUCAGUAAAAUUAAGAUAAUUGAAGGAUUAAGUUAUUCCAUAAGAAAGAAAAGUAAUUUUUUACAUGAAAGAUUUUAAUAUGAAGGAAGACACUGGACAUACAUGCUUUAUAUAGAAUAUUUGACAAAAGGUUUAUACAACAUUGCACAUCUCAACUGCAAGUAACAUAAGAAGUUAAGGAGAGCUUCCUGGGUUUUGUUUCCACAAAGUUCACUUUUAGUUGUUUUAACAAGGGCAAAUGAUCCAAAAUGAUCCAAAUGAUCCAAAGUGACAGAUGUUCAAAUAGGACUCCGUUUGGCUUUGUGAUAUCUUAUGCCCUUUACUUGGCUAAAAAUCUUUGCUGAGGUUAAACAUGAUUUGUACCUGAAACAAUGGGCAACGUGGCUUAAAAAUCUACAUGGAAAAUAACUGGGAAAAUCCUAGGAUUCUGAAUUUGGAAAAACAUUCUGACAUUAGUCAAAAGCUUUACAGGGGUAUUCUAGAUGAUUUCAAAUAGAAACUAACUAUCAAUAUUUCUUCUGGGUAGCAAUAUGGUGAGGUUGUGAUUUUAUUACAUACUACCUCUAAUUUGUUUGGAAAAUUAGCCAUCCAUAGUUUUAAUUUUUAUGUUUAAAAGUACUGCCUUGGAGGAAUUCUCUUGUGACUCAGCAGGUUAAGGAUCUGGCAUUGUCACUGCUGUGGCUCCGUUUCGAUCCCUAGCCCUGGAACUUCCACAUUCCUUGGGUGUGGCCAAAAAGGAAAAAAAUUAUAUUCUUUCCAUUUAUUUAAAAAAAAUUUUUAAAUGAAAGUACUGACUCAAAAUUUUUAAAGGAGAAAUCCUUGUUAGGAGGGACCAAAGAGCAAAAGAUGUCAUAGUCCACUGAAAACUUGAGAGAGUGCUUAUUGUGUUUAUAAAAACAUUCCCACCAAAACCAGGCAAUAGCUGCUCUCUGGAGAGUUCCAAAGAUCAACAGCUGUAAGGACUUUGGUGGGAAACUGAGGACAAGCAUGUGGAAGAAGGCUUGAAAACAACACUAUGCUUUUUUAUUUCUGCAUUGUCCCAGUAUACAGGUUGAUUCUGAGGUGAUCUGCUUUUAGUGGGCACACAUCAAGAAGGAGAAGUGAGCAGACAGUUGCAGGGCACCUACACCUUAAGUCAAGCCUCUUACAAAGUAAGCUGUAACUGCACGUAAACAUGAGUCGCAGUUUUGGCAACUUCAGUGAACUGUGUGCUGGGGCGGAAGAGGCAAGUGGAAGGGGAAAAAACCCAGGCCCCAAGCUUUCAGCAUACAAAGGGUCAGAGAAGUCUCUGCUCUUGGCCUUGGCUUUCCAGCACAAGCUCUGUCCACUACCAGGGAAGCUGGCCUAGCUCUGCAGUCGAGCUAGUAGCCUUGUGUUUAGAGAGUUGAUAUGGAAAUUCACUGAGAAGCUUAAAAUUUUACAUUGCCUUAAACAUUUGGGGGGGUAGGAUGGUGGGGAGCUUAAACUUGUACUUUCUAAAUUGGUAUCUUGUGACAGAAUUCUGGUCAUCCUGACCUAAUUAAGGCCCUGCCAGUGUUUAUUAAAAAUAGAGGAGUUCCCGUUGUGGCUCAGUGGUUAAUGAACCUGACUGGGAACCAUGAGGUUGUGGGUUCGACUCCUGCCCUUGCUCAGUGGGUUGAGGAUCCGGCGUUGCUGUGAGCUGUGGUGUAGAUCGCAGAUGCAGCUUGGAUCUGGUGUUGCUGUGGCUCUGGGGUCGGCCUGUGGCUGCAGCUCUGAUUCAACCCCUAGCCUGGGAACCUCCAUAUGCCUCGGGUUCGGCCCUAGAAAAGGCAAAAAGGCAAAAAGACAGAAAAAAAAGAAAAGAAAAGAAAAAAAAAUGGAGCUUUUUUUCUCACUCAGAUGCAUCUUCUAAGUUCUUAAAACUGGGAAGAUAGCAAAUAUUCUACCAGUUCACAUAUAGCCUCUUUGAAAGCCCUGAGAUCAACCUAAAGGCAAGCUGAAGCCUAGACUGUCUGUUUAUAAACUCCUGAAUAGAAAGCCCCAGUAUUUAGAUUGAGCACUCUAAAAUUCCUAUUUUGUAAAUGAAAGGAGAUUGAUGAGAAUCUGCAAUUGCUAUAGCCAUUUUUCUUCCCAUCACAAGAAAAUGGGCACUACUGGCUUUACCCCCAGCUUUGGCUCCUCUUUGAAUUUUUUAACUGCAUCCUAGAGGUGAGAGAUUGGAAUAAAUACAUGAAUGGAAGACUCAUUUAAACAUGACACAAAACCUAUUCUUGUCAUUGCAAUAAGGAAAAAUAUAUGUUUCUGUUUCCUUCUUCUGAUUUUCUGUUGCCAGCAUUUCUGAUUUCUUGCAUUGCUAACCAAUAAGGAGUAAAUAACUUAUUAUAAAUUGACUUACAAUACUUGUGAGCAAUUGUAUGGGCCAUAGCCCAUAACUGUAAUUUUUUUAAAGCACAAAAAUGGAAUUAUAUUUUGGUCAUGGUCACUCAUUUACCUACCUCCUGUGUUGGUACUGAUCUCUAUGUUGUGCUAAAAUCCUUUCUGAUUUGCUUUCCUAUUGAGGCUGUGGGAUAUAAUCAAUGAUGCGAAGCUAUCUGGGAGUUUUAUAAAAUAAUAUCUAAAUGUAUUGAUCCAGUCGCUUUCUGUUUCUAUAUAAUUCAAUUUUCUCCAGGUAUUUGUCAUUUUAAAAGCUUUUCUUUUCCAUGAUACCAUUAAAUAUCUAAGACGUGUGCUUUUUAAUCCCAACAAAGAAAAAUCAGGAGAUAGAUAUGUUUGCUUUUCUCUACACAGUAAGAGAAAUGGAGAGUUGUUUUUUUUAAAAAAAAGUUUAACAAAAAAGAUAAAGAUAAAAAUCAGGGAGGGAUCUUAGCGUGCAGUGAAGCAGACACCACAGAGGUUUGCUGUCCUUGCAUAAGUCCCAAGAAUAGAACCUUUGCAAAACGUGUUAAAGGAAAUAUAUUGUUGUGCAGUCAUUGUGGCUAAUGAUGGAAAGACACUAGAGGAAGCAGCCUGUGAGCCAGAGUUUGAGAUCCUAGGGGAAGAAAGCAGAAGUGGUACCUAUUUACCUACUUGGAACCUCACUGUCUAAAAGCUUCCCCACUUCCUGCUCUCUCCAAGUUGGGCUGGUCUGGAUAUGCAAACACUGUCAUUCUCAUACCCUUCUUCCAUCCCACUUGGACACAUACUCCCACAUGAAGAUUAUUAGUUAGAUCCCCUGCCAUGAUGAGGCAGCGAUAGUAGGAAGUAUCACCUUGAACUUGACCCUUCGAAACUUGGUAUCGUGUUGGCUUUAGUCCUCCGUUCCUGCCACUACCUCAAUAAAAGGCUUCUGUAUUUGUUAUUAAUUAGGCAGACACAGAUGUCUUCUCCCCUACUUUCUAGUGUAAAUGAGCCUGUGCGGGCACACACACACACACACACACACACACCUUUUGCAUUAUUUAUGCUCAUCGAAAAGAGAAAGAUGGCUGACCUGGUGGGGGUGGCAGAGGGUGCCUUAACUUUUUCUGGCUUCACUCCCACUUCCUUAUGUAUUUCCUUUAUGUUCCCUUGUCACUUUAGAGGUGUAACCAUGUUUGUUCCAAGUUGUAUCUUGAUCAUCAGCAAGAACUCUUAUAAGUGUAGUGAAUGUGACUAUUUUAUAUAAAUGCACAAUAGUAUAUAGGCCUUGGAGAUGUCUGAUAAUAGUAUGUAAAUAUUCUUUGUUGAUGUAAUAGAACCUUCUCGUAGGGAACGCCUUAGGUGACAGCCACAGGAGAACACAUAGACUAAAAAUAUUUGUCUUUCCUAUAAACAUUUGAAUUGUUUGUCUUUCCAACAAAUGCUUGAAUUAUAUAGGAGGCAUGCAAUUUUUUUUGUUUGUUUGUUUCUCAUUCUUCUUAAGCACCAAUAAAUACUUUGGGCUUUCUAGUGGUAGGUGAGUAGAGACUUCUUUUUCAUAACACAUAGGAUUCACAAUUUGUGAUGAUGGAUGGCCAUUGGGGACAUCACAGUCAGAGACGCAAAAGGAAGGGGCAAGAACAGACAGGGAGAUCACCAUGGACAAGUUUGUCUAAUUUUUUAAAAGUUUGGAGCCUUACUAGAACUCUAGGUACCAUACAACAUAUUUAGUCUGAAAAGCUUUAAAAAAGAAAAUUUCUCUUUAACUUGAUUAUUGCACCUUUUGCAUGUAAGCUGUUUUUCAAAAGCAAAUUUGCAGAGACUGGAGCUAAGAAGUAUGUAGAGAAAUUCACUUUUUUUUUUUUCUCACACAGUAUUUACUGUCUGACUAAGAGUCUGUGGAUGCAAUAAUUCUGGAAAAGAUUUUAGAUUAGACUAUAAAAUCGAAAUCAUUUUGAAAGUGUACCUGGAAUUAUUUCUUCCUAAUGAAGCCAAAUUCCACUGGUAAUAGGUAAGGGGAAAUAUCAGUGUUCUUCAUUUCUUCUUUUUUUCAGUUCUGUAUGAAACAUAGCAGGUAAGAAAAAACUUUAAGUGGUACUUUUUAUAGUGACUUGAGAAAACAGUAUCUCUGCUGGUUCUGCUGAGCUGUUCUUUCCACAGAGUCUAAACGCAAUGUCAUAAGAAGAGGUUUGCUGUAAAAACAUGUCUUUUUCUUUUCUGUGUUCAUUGUAAUUAUGGCUGGUACUGAGAAGGUUCAAUAAGUCUCAAUUUCUCUACCUCCCUUACUUGGAGAAAUUUUGGAAAUACACCCUGUGAAUAAAAUGAUUUUUUUAAAUAGCU